UGCCCCUUAAGUACCUUUUAAGAAGGGCUUUCCAAAUGUUAUUUUACUUUCUUUUGUCUUUGUAAGAGGUUGAUGGGUUAACAAUGAAAAGUGUUAACUAUCCUCUUUUAUAUGUGGGAAAAUUGACAGGGAGAACCAUUGUUUAGGGGCAAAGUUAACCAGUUAUUUCUUCUAAAAUGGCUCAAUCUCUCUCUUGAUUCUGUGUUCAGCAUGGGUAAAAGCAAUUUAUUCUAACAGAAAUUGGGGUAACAAUUGACUUAGAGAUUUAUUCUCUUCUUUCCCUACAAACCCUAGGAUCAUCAAUGCAAUGGCUGGGGGAAGGAACAGCACAGCAAUUACAAAGUUUAUUCUCUUGGGAUUCUCUGAAUUUCCAAAGCUCACCACUGUAGUCUUUUCAGUAUUCCUAGGGAUCUACCUCAUGACGGUGUCCUGGAACGUGGGCCUCAUCACCCUUAUUAGGAUGGACUCCCAUUUGCACACACCUAUGUACUUUUUCCUCAGUAACCUGUCUUUGCUGGACAUCUGCUAUGUUUCCACUGUAGCCCCCAGGAUGCUCUUGGACUUCUUCAAGAAGCAUAAAUCAAUCUCCUUUAUGGGGUGCACCAUGCAAUACUUCUUUUUCUCUAGCCUGGGUCUGACUGAGUGCUGUCUCCUGGCAGCCAUGGCCUACGAUCGCUAUGCUGCCAUUUGUAACCCUCUGCUCUACACAGCCAUCAUGUCCCCCACCCUCUGUGUGCAGACGGUGGUUGGAGCCUAUAUAACUGGUAUCUUUGGCUCCUUAAUCCAACUGUGUGCUUUACUUCAGCUCGACUUCUGUGGACCAAAUGUUAUCAACCACUUCUUCUGUGACCUGCCUCAAUUAUUAGUCCUCUCCUGCUCUGACACCUUUUUUCUACAAGUCAUAAAGUUUGUGAUAGCAGUGGUUUUUGGUGUGGCAUCCCUCUUAAUCAUCAUGAUAUCUUAUGGUUAUAUCAUUGCCACCAUCUUGAAGAUCAGCUCAGUUGAAGGCCAGUCCAAGGCCUUCAACACCUGUGCUUCUCACCUGACAGCAGUGACCCUUUUCUUUGGAUCAGGACUCUUAGUUUAUAUGCACCCCAGCAUUGAUAAUUCUCUGAGCUAUGACAAGAUGACAUCAGUCUUCUACACUGUGGUGAUCCCCAUGCUGAAUCCUUUGAUUUACAGCCUGAGAAACAAGGAAAUCAAAGAUGCCCUUAAGAGGUGUAAGAAGAGGAUGUUUUCCCAUUGUCACAGUUACUUAAAGAUCUGGUAGGCUAGUUACCCUGUUGACUAGAAUUUUCUAGACUUUGCAAGGAAAAUGCGUUUAACAUUAUUCAACAUAUCUGAUGCUCUGGCAGGAUUGCAAGUGAGUCAGUCCAUCUAAACCCAGGACUGGCUCAGUGCCAUGCAAAUCCAGUGGCUUCUUUGUGUCUCGACAGUUGACUCUCCUA